UACCUGGCCCUGAGCCAAGAUCUCAUCUCUGUUGCCUCUUCGGGCGAACACACAGCACACGACAGCAGUAGGAGGCACGUACCGGCUGCCUACGCGUUGUUGACAACGUAAUCCUAAGAGAUCUUCUUUAGUCAACGUCUUGACGGUCCAGCCAGUGAGUAAGCCAACAGCCUUUGGGAGAGGAAGAAUCGAUCGAGCCAAGCGGAUGAUUUUUUUCAAACGCAAAGAAGUUGCAGUUGUUGCCUCCACGCUGCUACUUGCUGUCGGCUUCACCUUCCGCCCGGCGAGCGCCUUCUCAGCAGCAGUCCGCCCAACGGCGCUCCGCUCUGCGACGCACCCGGCGGCCUUCUUCUCCGCGCACUCCUCCAGUCCUGCGGCCGCCCGGCCGUGCAGACGCCGCACUGCAGCAGAAUGCUGUAAUGUUCUGCCCAUGAGCAACAUGGUCAUGUCAGCAGCAGCAGCAGGCGGUCGGAAUGAUGGUUCAUCUGAGGAAGGCAAGGCUGUUGUUGCUCCAGGCAGGGCGAAGAAGGUGAUUAAGUCCGCCGGGGUCGCCCUGGCCUGGUACCUUGCGUCCUCCGCCGUCGCCUUGGCCGCCACCGCCGCCACCGGUGGCGCCGCGAGAGCCCGGCCGCAGCCUAGGAUGAGGUACACCGGCCUGCCUAUCCUGCUGAUGGCCUACGCGUUGAGCAGGGGGGACUUGAAGGAGAGGACCAGACUCGAAGGCGUUGUCCCCCGGGACCCGGAGUCUAUCAAGCUGCUGGCGGACGAUGCCGAGGACCUGGCCAUGUCCUGGGGGAAGCCGGCUGGCCUGAUGGCCUACACCUCCGUGGACUGUAUUGUGUUCUUCUUCCUCUCCAGGUGGGUGGGGUUCCCCUUCAAGGAGCUCGUCUCUGCUCAGAGGAUAGCGCAUCUCCAGACCCCGGAUUUCUGGGUGGCGACUACCCUGGCAGGCGCUUUUGGCUUCGCUAUCGUCACAUGGACCAGGAGAGUGGGGCAGGGCUACCUUCGCAGCGUGUGCGCUUCGGCCUUGUCGCCCGCGAUGCACAGGUUAUUGGUCAGGCCCGCCAAGGCGGUGGCCUCGGUAGCCGGCAUGGGGGACGGCUGGGACCUCGGGCUCACCGACGAACAGCGCAAGGCUAGGCGGCCGUCGAUUGAGCUCCGGAGGAGCCUGUCGACCUUCAAGGACCCCGACUUUCACGGUGACGGCGGCAUCGGUGACUCCGGCGGGGCUGCUUUCCCGCAGGCGCCGUCACCGCCGCCGGCCGCUGGUGUGGAUGAUGGAGCCCCCCCGGACCUGAAGCGGAGCUCGUGAAAUGGAGGCUUUUGGUGAGGUAUGUACCACCGGGUGGUGUGGGACCGGGCAAAUGGUAGCGGCAACCGCCAGCGGCAUAACCGGCACCAGCGCCAGCGCCAGCGCCAGCAGCGGGGACAUCAGUAGAGGCUGGCCUACAGCGGACUCAGGCUUUCCGCAAAGGUGGGGUACUAGCGGGUGGUGUUGGCGGUGGUACAUAGGACGUCAACCGCCAGCACUAGCACCAGCAGGACAUCAGUAGAGGUCGGCUUGUAGCGAACUUUGCACGGAAAUUGUGCACGUGUUUACGUUGCCCCUACAGGCCUUUUCAUGCUGCGAGCAUAUGACAGCAGUAGCAGCAGCACGUGGCAGCGGACAGUCUUUCCCAUCCGUACAGGGGGCUCCGCGGAAUGCUGGCAAGCUAAGCUGACUGUAGAAAACGAACAACAACGAUAUGAGGCACCUGGCAGACUGUCGUAGUUUCGCUACCUGUUUGUUGUUUGCUUACCAAGAUAAGAGCCGUCGUCUAUGUUGCAGGCGUUUGCGGACACGAUGCCGAAUUGUAUGUAGUUUGUUUGUUUUUUUGUCUAUGUGAACAAAGGGGGAAGGGGAGGAGUGGAUAAUCUGUUGGUGGGUAGUCUUCUGAUCUGUUUGUGAGCUUAGCGCCAAGCCUGUGUCAGGGGGCAACCCUACAGAGGGAGGGUUGCUAACCUACCAGGCAUUGUGGCUUUGAUUCCGCAGGGUGAGCCGCGUCUCCUGUCCGUCGGCACUGCUAUUUGUACCACGGUCGAGCCAUCCUUGAGUAAUUUUAUUUUGCGGAUGGUGGGGUUUGGGCAAGCACUCGUCGACGGGCUUGAUUCCCGGUCGGUGUAUCGCGCGGUUACCGAAUGGCAAACUGCAGCAAAGUCGGACGCUGUUCGGUGACAGAAAACACGAAAGAGAGAGAGAGAGAUCUGCAACAAUUGACUUCACGAUGGCGGGUUAUAUAUUCGGUCUUGGCAUGUGCAAAGGCCACCGUCGUCGCCUCCUCCUUCCCCUCCUGCUGUUUAACUGGAAUGGUGUUGAACCGUUGGUUGCUCGGCCGGUGAGAUGUGCGAUAGCGUUGUUGCUGUGUCCGCAUUGAUUGCUUUUUCGUAGGUGGCAGAAGGCACUGUUGGUCGUAACUGCAUACAGCUGACCAUGGCAUCGCUGUGCUCGUGCUUGAGUAGAACUCGACCUGGUUUAGCCGGGAUAUGGCUUCGCUGCAGUCGAAGUUUGGUCCCCGCAUUGACCCGAGAGAGUCUUCGUUUGGCUAAGUUCGGGCAAAUAAUCAAAAGGGCAGGUCCUUGUUAGAAAAUUUCUUGCGAAACCGCUUUCGUGUGCACAGCAGAGGGAAGCUUUUAGGAAACGAAAGGUUGGAUGUUCAUGUGUGGCCUCGAUCCUCACGUUGCUAGACGCGCAUAGACGAGCCCUGCGUGAUGGGACGGCGACAUUGUGGCAAACAAGUGGGCGACAUGGCAUCGCCGCCCAACUAGAUACUUAGAACUUGAUACAACUUUUCAGUGGGUGUUCUUGAAAGCGUCAGUUGUUUCGAACCCUGGCUGGUGGGUCGAACAGGUUCCGACGCUCUUAGGUAGAUUGUCGCCUAGAAUACAUUUGAACGAAAGUUAAAUGCGCGAAGACCAAUCGCAAAUUUGGUGCUCCCGUGUCAGGCUUUGCAGCAUGACGAUCCGGACGCAAUCUUCUUCCAAGCAUCGUCUGCACGAGAUUCAGUUAUCUGCAUCCCGUGAGGCGCGGUGUCCGUUGCAGCCUUCGGAACUCUCCAUGACACAUAAUGAUCAUCAUGCCGCAGUCCCCGUUGUUUUAACACAAGAUCCUGUUUCUCCAAGGUGCGACGAGCAAGUGCUGCUGUCGAGUGUUGAAGCUCGUCUCUUUGAUGUCAUGUCUUGCUGCACUCCGACAGAUUGGAAAUUGAAUCAUCAUCGUGAAGACGUGCUUCGAAAAAAGUAAGUCGCGAAAUGGUUCUCGUAUAGCUCAACACGCGACCACGGCACGUUGUGAUAACCCGACGCAACUCUCGUUGGGGCUCACGCACACACAUGCCUCCACCUAUCUGCCCGCUAGCCUCGAGCGUGCGCUUGUCCUAGAUCGACAACGGGUCGCUUGUGGCAGCAACUCAGAGGAGCAAAUAGCAAAAAAAACAAAAACACCUGCGCUUCGAAGCCCCCAAACAACUACUAGUAGGCAACAAGCGGCCAAGCUAUAAACGUUACCCGCCUCCCGCCCCCGCUGUCAGGCACCACACAUGAGCAGGCGGCAAGACAACCCAUCGUCUUCUGAGCAGCGCCUUCUCCACGAAGAAGAAAAAAAUGAAGGGAAACUUCUCUUAGCCCGCGCAUCUCGAGAACAGACAAUCCUCCUCCUCCUGCUGCU